UUGAAUUCCCUUAAUCUAUGCAUAGUGUGCUCAUUUAUAAUAUAGGCUAUAUCCAUAUGCUGAAAGUACUGUCGAUAUUAAUUAUUCAGUAAUAGGCUGUCAUUUUAAAUUUUAAUGUGGGGGGGCAACCUUGGACGCUAGAGGGAUACCAGACAUCGAUUUUAUGCGUCGCAAUGAGAGGUUUGCGAAAGUGAAAUGGCCGAUUUUAUUUGGGGUAAAUUUAAAUAAACGGAUGCAAAACGUUAGGCUGCGCUGCUCCUCCUUCAGUACAGUAGGUGAACACUGCAGUCUGGCAAAGUCCAAAAAUGAACGCAUCAUUUCACGUUUAGGCUGGGGCAGGUAGGCAACCUCGGAUUGGGGCGACAACUUGCACUUCAUUAAUGUUUCAGUAAGCUAUAGGUCAUUUUUUUCGCUUUCGAGUGAAGCUUUUAGGAUCCUCCAUGGAUCAUGUCAGCAGGCUGCGGCUUGACACCUUUUUGAUUUGCUGCGCUUUGCUGAGCUCAGAUGCAGAUGCUCGCCCCUUUUACACGGUCGGUGCCUCGGUCCGUGUUGCUGAGUCAUGGAUUGUCGGCUUGCAUUUUUGAAAUAGAUGCACCUUCAAGGGUAGACGGAGGCUUGGCUGCUAGAGGGACCCGUGUUAACAGUAACAUGUAUUUUUACAUCUAGAGCAAAGCCUUCAGCGGCCGCUGCCCUACAUCGCCUCGCAUGAUGAUCGCCGCGGCGUUUUUGGUCCUGCUCAGACCAUACAGCAUCCAGUGCGUGCUUUUAUUAUUGCUACUUUUGCUUGGCACCAUCGCCACAAUUUUAUUUUUCUGCUGCUGGCACCGCAAGCUCCGGAGUGGGAAGCAUCCCAUCAAAGCGGUCUUCUCAGGACGCUCAAGGAGCCGCGAAGUUGGUCUACGGACGUAUCAUUUUCGAUCAGAGGGUUACAGGCACAGUCCUCGCCAUGCCAGGAGGAGCACACGGCUUAGAGCCAGCGAGGAGAGCAAGCCCCUGGUGGAGAUCCCAGAAAGCGACGCGGACACGUCGGCUGUGAGGAAGCGCAAAGUUAAGAAGAGGGUCCAGCCGGAAUUUUACCAGUCAGUGCAGCUGACCCCGACACGCAAACCCAGCUCGGGCUCCGGGAACGCUUCCCUCCGCUGCUCCAUGUCCUCAUCGGCAGAUUUCUCGGACGAGGAUGAUUACAGUUUCAAGUCGGGCUCGGCGUCGCCAGCGCCCGGGGACACACUGCCCUGGAACCUGCCGAGACACGAGCGGUCCAAGAGAAAGAUCCAGGGUGGAUCGGUGCUGGAUCCGGCCGAGAGAGCCGUACUCAGGAUCGCCGAUGAAAGAGACCGCGUGCAGAAAAAGACAUUCACCAAAUGGAUAAACCAACAUCUCUUAAAGGUACGAAAGCAUGUAAACGACCUGUAUGAGGACCUCAGAGAUGGACACAACCUGAUCUCGCUGCUGGAGGUCCUGUCUGGAGAAUCACUGCCCCGUGAGAAAGGCCGCAUGAGGUUCCACAGACUGCAGAACGUCCAGAUAGCGCUGGACUACCUAAAACGGCGGCAGGUGAAGCUCGUCAACAUCAGAAACGAUGACAUCACCGACGGAAAUCCCAAGCUGACCCUGGGAUUGAUUUGGACCAUAAUUCUGCACUUCCAGAUUUCGGACAUCCAUGUCACGGGGGAGUCCGAGGACAUGACGGCCAAGGAGAGGCUCCUCCUGUGGUCCCAGCAUAUGACUGAGGGCUACGUGGGAGUCCGCUGUGAUAACUUCACUACCUCCUGGAGAGACGGGCGGCUCUUCAAUGCCAUCAUUCACAAACACAGGCCAGACCUAGUGGAUAUGAGCAAAGUUUCUGUUCAGAGCAGUAGGUCGAAUUUGGAGCAGGCCUUCAUGGUGGCCGAGCAGCUGGGAGUAGCGCGGCUUCUGGACCCUGAAGAUGUGGAUGUGCAAUCGCCUGAUGAGAAGUCGGUCAUCACCUAUGUCUCAACACUAUAUGACGUGUUUCCAAAGGUCUCCGAAGGCAUGGAAGGGAUCAGCGCAAACGAUGUUGACAUCAAAUGGGUGGAAUAUCAGAACAUGGUCAAUUACCUGAGCCAGUGGAUCAAACAUCAUAUAGCCAUCAUGUCGAACAGAGCGUUCCCCAACAACCCAGCAGAACUCAAGGCACUUUACAGUCAGUAUUUGCAGUUUAAAGAAACUGAAAUUCCUGUGAAAGAGAAUGAAAAGACCAGAAUCAAGCACCUCUAUAGAAUGUUAGAGGUGUGGAUGGAGUUUGGCCGGAUCCAGCUGCCACAGGGAUACCACCCGAAUGAUGUGGAGAAGGAGUGGGGAAAAUUGAUCAUCGCCAUGCUGGAGCGGGAGAAGAGCCUACGGCCAGAGGUGGACAGACUUGACAUGCUGCAGCAGAUCGCCAACAAGGUCCAUCAGGACUGUAUGUCCGGGGAGGACAAGCUGGCUCUAGCCAGAAGUGCCUUGCAGUCUGAUGCGAAACGACUAGAAUCUGGAAUCCAGUUCCAGCACGAAGCCGACGUGGCUGGAUACCUGCUAGAGUGUGAGAACCUCUUGAGGCAGCAGGUGGUGGACAUUCAGGCUCUUCUGGAUGGGAAGUUUUAUCUCGCAGACCAACUCCUUCAGAGGGUGUCAAAGCUACGAGAUGAUCUGCUGGCCCUCAGGACAGAAUGCGGCUCGAUUUACAGCAAAGGCCGCACCCUCUCGACGGAGCAGACCAAGAUGAUGAUCUCGGGAAUAACGCAGAGCUUAAACUCUGGCUUCUCCCAGGGCAUAAGCAUGGGUUUGACCCCGGGCAGCCUGGUGGCUCCCGGCUCCACCUUUACCUCCAGCCUGGGCUCGUCCCUGAUGCCCGGGCUCCCGUCUGGCAUGCUGCCCGGCAGCAUCCAGAGCUACGUGGGCAGCACAGGGGGCAUCGGUGUGGACCACGGUGCUCUUCAUCAUCUCAAGCAACUGCAGAUCCGAAAGCCGCUGGGCAAGUCCUCACUGGUGGACCCCAAUCUGAGUGAGGAGGAGGUCAAUAUGAAGUUUGUCCAGGACCUCCUGAACUGGGUGGAGGAGAUGCAGGUACAGCUGGAUCAGGCUGAGUGGGGUUCAGAUUUGGCAAGCGUCGAAAUGCAUUUGGAGAAUCACAAGAGUGUGCAUGGAGCGAUCGAAGAAUUUCAGAUGAGCCUCAAAGAAGCCAAAAUUAGUGAGAUCCAGAUGAGCCAACCUCUGAAACUCAGCUACUCUGAGAAAUUGAGCAAGUUAGAGAGUCAAUACGGGAGACUCCUGAACUCCUCAAGGAACCGCCAGAAAUACCUGGAGAGCCUCCACGAGUUCGUGUCCAGUGCGACGCGGGAGCUGAUCUGGCUCAACGAGAAGGAGGAAGAAGAGGUGGCAUAUGAUUGGAGCGACCGGAACAGCAGCAUCUCGAAAAAGCGGGAUUACCAUGCCGACUUGAUGAGGGAGCUGGAGGAGAGAGAGACAGCAAUCAAGUCUGUGCAGGACAAAGCAGAGUGUCUGCUUCUGGAGAGUCACCCGGCCAGGCUGACUAUCGAGGCAUACCGCGCUGCCAUGCAAACACAGUGGAACUGGGUUCUGCAGCUCUGUGGCUGUGUAGAGCAGCAUCUCAAAGAGAACGCCAUCUACUUUGAGUUUUUCACUGAUGCCAAAGAAUCCCUGGAUUAUCUGAAGAACCUGCAGGAUGCCAUCCAAAGGAAGUAUGGCUGUGACCGGACCAGCAGCCUACAUAAGCUUGAAGACCUAGUUCAGGAAUCUAUGGAUGAGAAGGAGCAGCUCCUCCAGUACCGCAGCACCAUCGCAAGUUUGGUCGGCCGUGCCAAGGCCAUAGUGCAGCUGAAGCCUCGCAACCCCGAGAGCCCGAUCCGGACCUCCAUUCCCGUCAGGGCCAUCUGUGACUACCGACAGAUCGAGAUUACUAUAUAUAAAGAUGACGAGUGUGUCCUGGCUAACAACUCGCAUCGAGCAAAGUGGAAGGUGAUCAGCCCAGCCGGGAAUGAGGCCAUGGUCCCCUCUGUCUGCUUCACUGUACCCCCCCCCAACAAGGAAGCCAUGGAAACGGCUGCCAGGACUGAGCAGCUGUAUCAGAACGUUCUUGCCUUGUGGCACCGGUCCCAUGUCAACAUGAAAAGCGUAGUUUCGUGGCACUUCCUGAUGAAGGACAUCCAAGCUAUCCGCAAAAGCAACGUCGCCUCCAUCAAGACCAUGCUCCCAGGUGAGCACCAGCAGGUUCUGAGCACCCUGCAGUCCCACUUUGAAGGCUUUCUGGAGGACAGUGAAGAGUCUGAGGUUUUCUCACUGGCGGACCGCACCCAUCUGGAGAGGGAGGUGCUGGCCUGUAGAGAGUUCUACGAGGAUUUGCUCAAGUCUGCAGAGAGAGAGGAACAGGAGGAGUCUGUAUACAACCUCUUCAUCUCUGAGGUUCGCAACUUCCGCAUGCGCCUGGAAGGCCAUGAGGAACACCUCAUCCGUCAGAUCCGUACCCCUGUGGACCGGGAUGACCUGCAGAAGAGCGUGAUGCGCAUCGCUGAGCAGGAGAGGAUGAAGAAGGAGUUGGAUCAACUGAAGGAGGACCUGGAGAUCAUGAAGGUCAAGUGUGAGACGUUCAUCAGCCAGGCCUCGGCCUCACCAUCGGUCCCCAACCUCUCCUCUGAGCUGAAUGUCCUGAUCCAGAGCAUGAACCAAGUCUACUCCAUGUCCUCCAUUCAUCUGGAGAAGCUGAAAACUGUGAGCUUGGUGGUGAAGCACAGUCAGGAGGCAGAAGCGCUGCUGAAGCUGUACGAGGCCAAACUUUGUGAGGAGGACACUGUGAAUGCUGACAUCAAGGCGAUUGAGAUGGUUAUGAGCACUCUCAAGCAAUGGCGCACAGAAAUUGACGAAAAACGCGAGGUUUUCCAUGAGUUGGAAGAUGAACUACAGAAGGCCAGAAACAUUAGUGAUCGCAUGUUCAAGACACACAAUGAGCGGGACUUUGAUCUGGACUGGCACAAGGAUAAGGCCGAUCAGCUUAGUGAGAGAUGGAUGAGCUUGCAUUCCCAGAUUGAGAACAGACUUCGAGACUUGGAGGGCAUUGGUAAGUCUCUGAAGUACUACAGAGAAACCUACCACACCCUGGAUGAGUGGAUCAACGAGAUGGAGACCACACAGCUGAAGGCCCAGCAGCAACAGGCCCUGGCAGAGCUGCUUCACCAGCAGAAGGUCCUCAUCUCAGAAAUCGAACAGAAGCAUAGCAAGAUUGAUGAAUGCCAGAAGUAUUCAGAGCAGUAUUCUGCGGCUGUCAAGGACUACGACCUGCAGCUGAUGACCUACAGGGCAAUGGUGGACUCACAGCACAAAUCUCCCAUGAAGCGGCGGCGGAUGCAGAGCUCCUCUGACGCCAUCAUACAGGAGUUCAUGGAACUGCGGACUCGAUACACGGCUCUAGUGACCCUCAUGACCCAGUAUGUGAAGUUUGCAAGUGAGAACCUGAAGAGGACCGAAGAGGAAGAGAAAUCUGUAGAUGACGAGAAGAAGGAGCACGGUGAGAAGGUCAAUAAGCUGUUAGACUGGAUGUCCAGUAUGAAAAGGGGCCUUAGCAGAGAAGAUAAGGCUGUGAUAGAUGAUGGUAGCAGCAGCAGAGAAGCACCUAGUCAGCCACAGGUCUCAACAGAGGAACUGGGGGCGAUGAAAGAGCAGGUGGCUGAAGCUCUGAGGACCACGCAGAUCAUGCUGAGCAGAUUCAGUGGCAGGAUGUCUGAAGAGGAGGAACAGGAAAUGAAGGAGCAGCAGAAGGCGCUCCAGCAGGCGUACAGCAGUCUGUUCCAGCAGUGUGCCGAGCAGAUUCCUGCAGCUGACCUGGACUUUCAGAACAUUGAAGGGAUAUUUGACGUAGCCAGUGGAGCCGUGUACAGUGUUUGUCGCUCAGUACAGAGUGGCCUCAUUGACCAGUCUACUGGGCUUAGUCUGCUUGAGGCUCAGAUGAUUACAUCUGGACUGAUUAUACCUGAAUUCAGAAGGUUUGUGGAUCUGGAGGAAGCUUACAAGCAUAACCUGGUGGAUGAAGCCACCUACCAGCAGCUACAACACUUGAACGAGGCAAACCGGUGCACCCUGAGUGCAAGGUAUACUUCAGAGCCACUGCCCGUCAUAGCUGCAGUGAAAGAUGGGACUAUUUCUGAAGAAAUGGCUAUUAAGAUAAUCGAGAUCCAGCUGGCGACAGGUGGAUUAAGAUUAACGUACACAAGGGACGUCUUGAACCUGGAAAGUGCAUUUCAGUACGGCCUGAUGCCUGCUUCACUGUUUGUCAAGGUACUUGAAAGGCAAAAUAACUGGAAGGACUUGAUCGACCCCAACUCGGCAGAGAAGGUCUCGCUCAUCCAGCUUGUGCAGAGGAGCUUCCUUCAUGAAGACACUGGCCUCCGUCUGCUGCUGGUGAAGAAAGGAAGAGAUGGAACCAUAUCUUUGAAGUCUGGUAGAGAGAUCAGCAUCCUGAGAGCUGUGCAUGAAGGACUCAUUGAUCGAGAAACAAUUCUCCGACUGCUGGGUGCUCAGUUGUUCGCUGGUGGCAUAGUUGACCCUAAAACAGGCUUCAGAUUGACUGUGGAGGAGGCCGUAGCAGAAGGCUUGAUUGAUCAGGACACUGCCUGUGGAGUGCUUAGCCUCCAGGUCCAGAAUGGUGGCAUUGUCAAUCCUCACAAUGGUGAAAGAUUGACAAUUGAUGAAGCCGUGCAAUGCAACUUAAUGAGCUCCAGCAGUGCUCUCUUAGUCCUGGAAAGACAGAAGAGCUUUAUGGGACUUCUCUGGCCACAUUCUGGUGAAAUCCUAACUGUGUCAACCUCUCUGCAUCAUGAGAUGAUAACCAAUCAGGUUGCCUGCAAGUUGCUAAGCAACAGGCAGAAGAUUGCAGCUUUUUACGUACCGGAAGUCCCCGAAGUUGUCAGCUUUGAAUCUGCAGCAGAGUACGGUUUGAUAAACAAAUGCACGUAUAACCUGCUGAAAACUGUCCAAGUCCCAGAUUCAUUCCCCAAUAUUGAUGAACCGAAUGACACGUUUUCCACGUGGUUGUCUUGGCGAGAACUUCAGCUCGAGGGAUCCCACCAAGGUGCUGAAGAUCUGCCAAUGGAGGCAAAGAACGUUCUCGUUCCCUCACCAUCAGAAGCAAGGAAGUUGUUUGUUUCCUACCUUAUGAUGAAUAGCUACAUGGAUCCCAAAUCAGGACAAAGGCUUUUAAUAUUUGAUGGUCAAUUAAAUAAAAUGGCUCAACUUUUUACAGAGAACAUUAUGGAACCCAGCCUUGAAAUGCAGCACAAUGCCACUAAUAAUGUUGAUGACUCAGCCUCAAAGGGGACGUCAACAAAAGAUGACACCACUGAGACGUUGACAGGUGCAGUUCUUCACCCUGACUAUAGUGUGGAAGAUAAAGGCUGUUUGUGUCUUAAUGAAGACAGAAUAGAGGAAGAACAAAGGAGCCCAGAUGUGGAUGAGCUCAUCUUAUGUCAUAAAGCUAAUGGGCAGUCCCAAGGUAGUUAUGAAAAGCUUACAAAAUCCAGGAGCUACGAGGCUGAUGUCAUGGAGUCUAAAUCUGAACUACAGGGUCUUUCUGAAAAUGCACUUGAAACCCAGAAACAAAGCAUUUCUCACUCAUACCAAAAAGGCGGUGAACUGAAAUGUAACGCUUUUGACGAUUUAUAUGUUUCUGAAAGCCAAACCAAACAAAAUGAGAAUGUAAGUCAAGCCAGACAAACAGAAAUGGGAGAGACCAAAGAGGAGAAAUCACCAACGUCCAGCUCAGAGGUUUGCUAUGAUGCGGGCUCACGCUCAACAGAAGGAGUUUUAGUAAAAACAGAUUCUCAUCCUGUCAGAGCACCAAAUGUUCAGCUAAAUGUAGACGAAAACUCAGAGUCUUUAACCAAGCAUCCAGAACAAUGGGCAUAUGGUGAUGGAGUUUGGCGAGCGAAGGAGGAACAAAAAUAUGCUGUUCAUCUCCUGAAGGCACAAGUUGAGGAAGGUGGAAUUUUGGAUGUCACAUCUGGGAAGCGGUAUGAUCUCAAUGCUGCCCUCAAUAAAGGACUUCUAGAUGAAGGAACUGCUUUGGAACUCCUAGCCUUAGAGUUACACAAUGAUCACGUGCCAUGCAAUCAAAUGCACACUCUUUUGACUCUGAAAAAAGCUGUGGAAAAGGGCUCCAUAACCUCAAAAGUCGCACUGCAGAUCAUGGAACACCAGAAACUUCUGGGGAACUUCUGUGACUCAGAAUCUAAAAAAUGUAUCACUGUCAGUGAGGCUUUGGAGCAAGGUCUUAUAUCUGAUGACCUAAUUGAAAGGAUUUUCAGAUCAGACCUUUCAAUUGGGGCAAUAAUGAAUUCCAUUAUAAGUGAUAUUGAAUGUGUUCAGGAAAGGCAAUGUAUCGACAUUCUAAAAGAUCCUAAAACUGAGAGUCUACCAGAAGAAUGCACUGGGCCAGCGAAGUAUAUCUGGAAGUAUGAAGAUAAGACAAUGCAGACCUGUGACCUUACUGAUGACCUGUUGUUUGAUAGAACUGAAGGAGUAUAUGGAACAGAUGAUCAGUACAUCUCAUUAAAUAUUAAGCACAUGAUAGCAGGUUCAUGUUCUUUGGAUGCUGUUAGUCAAGAAAUUAAAAAUAAACCAGGUGAUCCAUCCAUUUCUGGUGAGGUAACUGAAGAUCUCGCCAUCGACGCAAUGACUGAUCAGUAUGUGCAUAUUAAAGGAUCUGAAUUACAAGCAUCUGUUGAAAGGAACUUAUCUGACCAGUCUGUGCUGAAGGACGUGCUGGUUGAGAGCUCAGACUUUUCCAUAGUCAUUGAUAAAGUCAAAGAUGAAGAUGAGACUGUUGCCACACUGUGUUGUACAGAUUUUGCAGAGGCGUCUACCAAAGCGUUUGGUGUGCAGCCUGAAGAACAACAUGAUGGAUUUGGUACAUAUGAGGGUGCUGACUCUUGUGUGGCUAAUUCAUUCAUAGUCUGUAAGGAAAAUAGUAACACCUUUUUUGGUUUACGAAAUGGCCAUCAAAAUAACGAUGUCAGUGAGAUGUCAGACGAGAAAGACUUAAUCGACUGUCCCACGGACAUGGUAUCGGGUGAGGAGAUGCCUUCUAACCUCAAAACUGAAACAUCCACUCUGAACGUUUCUGAUCCUGCGGUGCCUCCACAGGUAGUUCGUGGAGAAACCGGCACAGCUGCUCUUUUACACAAACCUGGAAAUACGCAUCAUCUAGGAACGUCUGAAGCUCAGGGGGAUUUUUGUCUGACAGACUGUGCAGAACACAAGCAGUAUGAGGGUGAAGGAAGUGAGAAAAGAUGGGAGGACAUUCCUGCAAAUGUAGAGUUGGAAGACAGUGUGAUGGAGUGUUCAGGAUUGAUCACCAAAAUACCCUGGGAGUCUGAAGUAUCUGAUUCAGCAUCAGUCAUUGAAAUGCUUUGCUCAACACAGACAUCCGAAAUUCCUCUUUCAUUGCAUAUUACUGAAAUGCUCAGUUCAGCACAGAUCACUCAGACACAUGGAUUUAUACAGGCAUCUGAAAACCUUGAUUUAACAUCAAAUGAAAUGAGUUGUUCGACACAGGUAUCUGAAAUGCCUGUUUCAUUACACAUCACUGAAAUGCUUGAUUCAUCACAGAUCACUCAGCCGCAACAUUUGUUACAUGCAUCUGAAAAUCUCAGUUCGGCUCCACUCGAUGAAAUGUGUAGCUCAGCACAGACGUCCGAAAUGCACAAUACCGCUCAGAUCACUGAAAUGCAUGGUUCAUCACAUGCAUCUGAAAAUCUCAAUUCGGCUCCACUCGAUGAAAUGUGUAGCUCAGCACAGACGUCUGAAAUGCACAAUACCGUUCAGAUCACUGAAAUGCAUGGUUCAUCACAUGUGUCUGAAAAUCUCAAUUCGGCUCCACUCGAUGAAAUGUGUAGCUCAGCACAGACGUCUGAAAUGCACAAUACCGCUCAGAUCACUGAAAUGCAUGGUUCAUCACAUGCAUCUGAAAAUCUCAAUUCAAUGCCACUCGAUGAAAUGUGUAGCUCAGCACAGACGUCCGAAAUGCACAAUACCACUCAGAUCACUGAAAUGCAUGGUUCAUCACAUGUUUCUGAAAAUCUCAAUUCAAUGCCACUCGAUGAAAUGUGUAGCUCAGCACAGACGUCCGAAAUGCACAAUACCGCUCAGAUCACUGAAAUGCAUGGUUCAUCACAUGCAUCUGAAAAUCUCAAUUCAAUGCCACUCGCUGAAAUGCAUAGCUCAGCACAGACGUCCGAAAUGCACAAUACCGCUCAGAUCACUGAAAUGCAUGGUUCAUCACAUGCAUCUGAAAAUCUCAAUUCAAUGCCACUCGCUGAAAUGCAUAGCUCAGCACAGACGUCCGAAAUGCACAAUACCGCUCAGAUCACUGAAAUGCAUGGUUCAUCACAUGCAUCUGAAAAUCUCAAUUCAAUGCCACUCGAUGAAAUGUGUAGCUCAGCACAGACGUCCGAAAUGCACAAUACCGCUCAGAUCACUGAAAUGCAUGGUUCAUCACAUGUGUCUGAAAAUCUCAAUUCAAUGCCACUCGCUGAAAUGCAUAGCUCAGCACAGGCAUCUAUGAAACCAAAUGUAACUCAGAUCACUGAAAUGCAUGGUUCAUCACAUGCAUCUGAAAAUCUCAAUUCGGCUCCACUCGAUGAAAUGUGUAGCUCAGCACAGACGUCUGAAAUGCACAAUACUGCUCAGAUCACUGAAAUGCAUGGUUCAUCACAUGUGUCUGAAAAUCUCAAUUCAAUGCCACUUGCUGAAAUGCAUAGCUCAGCACAGACGUCUGAAAUGCACAAUACCGUUCAGAUCACUGAAAUGCAUGGUUCAUCACAUGCAUCUGAAAAUCUCAAUUCGGCUCCACUCGAUGAAAUGUGUAGCUCAGCACAGACGUCCGAAAUGCACAAUACCGCUCAGAUCACUGAAAUGCAUGGUUCAUCACAUGUUUCUGAAAAUCUCAAUUCAAUGCCACUCGCUGAAAUGCAUAGCUCAGCACAGGCAUCUAUGAAACACAAUGUAACUCAGAUCACUGAAAUGCAUGGUUCAUCACAUGCAUCUGAAAAUCUCAAUUCGGCUCCACUCGAUGAAAUGUGCAGCUCAGCACAGACGUCUGAAAUGCACAAUACCGUUCAGAUCACUGAAAUGCAUGGUUCAUCACAUGCAUCUGAAAAUCUCAAUUCGGCUCCACUCGAUGAAAUGUGUAGCUCAGCACAGACGUCUGAAAUGCACAAUACCGCUCAGAUCACUGAAAUGCAUGGUUCAUCACAUGUUUCUGAAAAUCUCAAUUCAAUGCCACUCGCUGAAAUGCAUAGCUCAGCACAGGCAUCUAUGAAGCACAAUGUAACUCAGAUCACUGAAAUGGGUAAUUCAGCAGGUGUACUUAACUUAGUAGUAAUGGACAAAAACAUAGUCCCUGCCGAAAGAAGUGUUUUCAUAUCUGAUGAGACUUCAUUACAUAAUUUGAAUGAUAAGAUGUUUCAGAGACAUACUUCAAUAGUUAAAACAUCCACCCUAAAUGAGGAAACAAGCAUGAUGGACAGCGACCCAGACUGUGGGCACAGUAACACCCCCGAAAAGGUUCAUCCUUCGGCAUCUGAAGUCAUUGCAAACCAAUGGGAAGGUACCUUUGUGAAGGCAAUUUAUGGGAGUGAAGCAGAGAAUGCUGGAGGCCUGCUAGGUGUGGCAUCUGAGAUGGUCCUCAAAGUGGAGACAGAACCUGAAGCUGGGUGUGGUGGGAAAAGCAUGGUGUCCAUGGACAGUGGUCAGUCAGCGUCUGGUGUUGCUGCACACGAACAUUCAGGGGAAUAUUUGUCAGCAAAAAGCUGUCAUUUAACAUCGCCAUGUGAACAUGUGCCUAUUUUGGGAACUGAAGCCUCCAGAAAGGUAAUAUAUCAGAAACAAGAUUCCAUUGAAUUUGAUACUGGAGAUGGAAUCCCUGCUUCAGAAUUGUAUAUAACUUUUGAAAAUCAAUUGGAUGAAAAUAUUCUGGGGGAAUUUUCUGUAGAUUCAGAAAAGAACUCAAAACUGUUGGAUCAUUCAGCUAUUAAAACAGUCCUUUGUGUGGAAACAAGCAGAUUGGAUCACGAUGGGCGAAACCAGGUGACUGACUUUUGUGAUGAUGCUGCUGUAACUCCACGUGAUGAAACCUCACCACGCUCUCAGGACUUGUUGAGAAGCAGUCUGUUUGAACAGGGGAAAAUGGCGUCAAAAGGCCUGGAUGCCAAUAGGCUACAGAACUUGGACACUAAGGAUGCUAGUCCCAUAAGGUCGAUGUCAGACGUCGAUGGAAACCUCCAAAAGAAUUCAAGUUCCUUUUCUGAAGAGAGAGAAUCAAUUUUUGAUGAAUGGUCAGAGCCUCAUAGUGACUCAUCAAGACAGGGGGUUCUGUGGUUGGAUCAGUACCAGCUACUUGGAAACCAUGAACAAAUUUCAUGUAAAGGAGCUCAUCUUGAGGGAACACCAGAGCAGGAGCAGAUUGCUUCUGAGAUGUUGAUCAUUAAGGCUGAUGAGCUUCUGGCUCUCCAUAAUGUAGAGAGUUCCUGUCAGGAGGCUGGUCAUGAGCAGGUGCUUAGCAAUGAUCAAACAAACGUCCUUAAGACCCCUGAAGAUACUUCCCAUUUGGGGUCUUUCCCCUCGGCCAUCACUUUUCGGCAAUCAGGUGACCGUGAAUCAGCUGAAAGUGCCGAAGACCACGACAAAACAAUAUACAAGUUGCAGUACUCCACUCAAAAUUAUUUGGAACUUGUGGGCAGACUUCAGGAUCAUGCAGAUGUUAUUGAGGAUAUUAAGAAUGACUUUGAGAGUCAAGGCCUUUUGAGCAAUAGUAUGGAGGGAUUGCAGAAUCAGCUGGAGGAAACUACGUCACUAGACACACAGCUUUCUGCUUUGGCUGACACCCUUGCUACAGAUCUGGGUGCCGCCGGAAGUAUGUUAAAGGCUUCUGAUGGAAACGUUCCUGAACAGAUCCGCCGCGAUCUGGCUGCAGCGCUCCAAGACGUGCAGCUCAGGUUUUCCGACAUUCGUGAAAUGUGUGCAACAAGAAGCGAAGCUAUAGUGCAGAACAUCGAGGCAGGAAAGUUGCAUUUAGAGUCUUCAUUCCAAGAUCUUAUAAGAUACCUUCAAAAGAUUUCAGUGUCUAUUGAUCAGACGUCUGAGACAGUCUCCAGACUGGGUAUUAUGAACAUGGAUGACUUGGAUAAGAUAAAGGAACAGAUUCAGCAAAUCAAGGACAUGGAGGAGAACCAGUCCGUGACUCGCCAGCAGCUGGAGGACAUUGCUUUUGAGGUCCAGUACUUCAUAUCAGAAAAUACCCAAUACCUGAGUCCCUCUCAGAGUAGAAAUCUGCUCCAGUCUCUCAGCGCCACCCAGAGGGCAUUUAAGGACCUGAUGGAGAAGGUUUCCACUCAGCGGCACACUCUUGAUCUCCAUCUGGAGAUUAGGGUGGACGAGAGUCAGCUGAAGAGUGCUGUGGAGAAACAAAAGGACUACAUGCAGAAGCUGCAAGAGGUGUGUAACAGCCUGACCCACGUGGAGAACAAGCUCAUCGGCCAGCAGCAACUGGCUGGGCGUGGAGACGCCGUGGACGUGCAGCAGUAUCAGCAGGCCCAUCAGUCCUUGCUGGAGGAUGUCCAGGGAAACGCCGAUACCCUCACUGAGGUCAUCGGCAGCACCAAGAAGUUCCUGGAGGAGAACCGGAACCAUCUGAACCCUGAGCAGAUUGCUGCCAUCGAGGGCAAGCUGGAGGAGGCCAGGAGGAAGUCUGAGCUACUGAGAAACCGAGCUGAGGACUCCAGGAAGGACCUACAGAAGGUCAUGACCACUGCUAUUAAGCAAGAGACCGCAAAGGUUGCAGCAGUAGAGCAGCUGCAAGAGAGCAAAACCAAAAUCGAAGGUCUCUUAGACUGGAUAUCCAAUAUUGGGAAGGACAAGGAAAAGAAUGAGAUAGGCACGCAGAACGGGAACCCGCUGCUGGAAAUGGAGACGAACACGCUGAGCAGUGAGGACGACGCCAAUGGGAACAUCUCCAUGGUGGACGGGGGGGAGGAGAACAGCCACGAGAUGGACUUGGACAAGCAGCUUGACAGAGUCAAGGCCCAUCACCAUGAAAUCCUGUCUCAGCAGCAGGAUCUGAUCAUUGCCACCCAGUCGGCACAGGCCGUGCUGGACCGGCAGGGCCAGGUCCUGUCCCCGGGGGAGAGGGCAAAGCUGCAGGGUGACGUCCAGGAGCUGCGCUCCCGCUACGACACAUCCCUGGCGCGGGCCGAACUGCAGAUGAAGCAGGUUCAGGCUGCACAGGAGGAGAUGCGUCAGUUUCGGGAUGACUGCGCCGAGUUCGAGACCUGGCUGGAGGAGGCCGAAGUGGCCGCCCGUGAACUUGGGGAGCCGACUGGCCGGCUGGAUGUCCUGUGUGAGAAGCUGACACAGCAGAAGAGCUUUUCCGAAGAUGUCAUCUCACACAAAGGGGACCUGCGCUUCAUCACCAUCUCCGGGCAGAAGGUUCUGGAUACUGCCAAGGCCUGCGGCCAGGUGCACCCUGGCGGGAUGGAGGUGGACACGUCGGGGGCCUGCGCCGCCGUCAAGGAGAGGCUGGACACGGUGGCCGGCCGCUACAAGGCUUUGCACUCAGAGUGUAACCAGCUUGGCAGCAACCUGAAAGACGUGGUGGAGAAGUUCGGGCAGUACCAGGGAGCGAGCAGCGGCCUCCUGGCGUGGCUGGGCAGCUCGGAGGAGGCGGCUCGCAAGCUGCAGUCCGAGCCCAUCGGCGCCGACCCGCAGACGCUGCAGCGGCAGCUGGAGGAGACCAAGGCCCUGCAGGGACAGACCUCCGGACGCCAGGCUGCUAUGGAGACCCUGCGCAAGGUGACCGAUGCCCUGAUCACGGCUGAAGGUGGCCUGCUGACCAACCAGGACGAGAUCCAGGAAACCGUGGAGGACAUGGCAGAGAGGUACGACAACCUUUCCAAGUCUGUGAACGACCGUCAUGAAAAGCUGCAGGUGACGCUGACACGGUCCCUCAGCGUCCAGGACGGGCUGGAUGAGAUGGUGACAUGGAUGGAGAACGUGGAGAAGAACCUAGGGCAGAGUGACCCCCCAGCCCUGAACUCCACCGCCAUGCGGGACUUGCUCAGCAAGGAGGCGGCCAUGGAGCAGGACAUGUCGAGUCGUCAGAGCAGCAUCUCGGCAAUGAAGUCCAAAGUGAAGAAGUUCAUUGAGACGGCAGAGCCAUCAGCGGCAGUGGCUCUCCAAGCCAAGAUGGACACCCUGUCUCGACGUUUCACCGACGCCUGUGAGAAACACAAGAAAAGGGUGAACAAGCUGGAGGGGAUCAGGGACAAGGUGGAACUUUUUGAGAAGACCUCGGAGAAGGUGCAGCAGUUUGUGGCCAAGCGCUCGCUGGACCUGUCUGAGACAGAGGGGCCCGAAACCAACGUGAAUGAGCUCUCCCAGAUGAUGGAGGAGACCCACACAGAGCUUUUGGAGCACACCAGGGACAUUGAAAUGUUGAAGCAGCUGUCCACUGAGUUGAUGGACAUGGGCUCAGAGACCAGCAAAGCUCAGAUCCAGGGCAAACUGGAAACACUAUCCAACAGCUUUGAGGCUUUCAAAGAGACUGUGAAAGAGAAGGAGGCUGAGGUGUCCUCCUGGCAGGAUCAGCUCGGUGAGUUUAAGUCGGCUGCAGGAGCCCUCUGGAAGUGGAUUGAGGAGUCCAGGGGGAAGGUGCCCCUCACCCAGAUCUCCUGCAGCGAGGAGAGCCUGACCAAGGACCUGCAAACAGUCACCGCCUUGCUGGAUGAGUGGGCUUCUAAGGCAGCUGCCGUGCAGGAUGUUAACAGCAAAGGUUCCACACUCUGUAGCCUUAUCAGCGCUCUGACAUCUCCUGCCAAAACAAAGACGUCGCACAAGUCAGGAUGUGCUGUUAUGAAUGGUUCAGGCUCUCAUGCUUAUCUGACCAACAAAGAGCUCAUGGCUGUAGGGCAGGACCUCUCACGCGUGAACGAUGGGUACCAGAGCCUUGGCGAACUUCUCAAGGCCCGGGCCAAUGAGCUGAAUGGAGUGCUGCUGCAGGUUCGAGAGGCACGAGAGGAUGUGGGCUCCGUCUUGAAGUGCCUGGAGGAGAUGAAGAACACGGCAGCCAGCUGGGACCCCGUGUCGGCCGACAGGAACUCCAUGAGGACCCAGAUGGAGCAGCAGAAGGCCUUUGAAGAAAGCAUGAAAGUGAACAAGGAGAAGGUUCAGAAGCUAAGAGGGAAGCUGCUGAAGCUGAUCGAGGAUCAUCCCGAUUCUGCUGAAGUGGCGAAGUGGAAGCAGACCCUGAAUCAGAUCGAUGAGACCUGGAAGCACCUCGCCGGGGCCAUGGAGGACCGGCAGCAGCAGCUAGAGGCUUCAUCGCGCCACCUGGGCCUCUUCCAGGCAGCUGAGGAGCAGCUGGGCCAGUGGCUGGCGGAGAAGGAGCUUAUGAUGGGCGUCCUGGGACCUCUCUCUGUGGACCCGAACAUGCUCAACACCCAGAAGCAGCAAGUGCAGAUCCUACUGAAUGAGUUUAACAGCCGCAGGCCACAGUACGAGCAGCUGAGCGAGGCUGCCGACGCCAUUCUGAGCACCCCCGGCGAGCAGAACCCCUCAUGCGGUUCUGUCAAGGAUCGGCUGGCCACCCUCACCCAAAAGUGGCAGGCCCUGACGGGCCAGCUGGCCCAGCGGUCCGAGCGCAUCGACCAGGCGUCCAGCAAGAGCGCCCAGUUCCAGGGCCUGCUCCGGAGCCUCAACGACAGCCUGGGCGCCCUGGGCAGCCAACUCCAGGAACAACAGGCACUCAGCAGCCAGCCCGACGCCGUCAAGAAGCAGCUGGAGGCCGCUAAUGCCAUCUUGGCCCAGCUGCGAGAUGAGAGGAGGAGGCUAAAGGAGGCUGAGGCCUUGUGUUCGGAGCUGUCAGCGCUGGUGAGCGAGGAGUACCUGCAGGAGGAACUGAGCCGGCAGCUGGAGGCGGUCAGCAAACCCUUGGAGCAGCUGGAGGAGAAAGCGGGAAAGAAGAUCCAGCAGCUCAAUUCUACUUUUGCCAGCUCCAAGCAGUUCCAUCAGAUGUCCAAAGACUUCCAGGUGUGGUUGGAUGAGAAGACGAAGGAGCAGCGACGGCCUUGCCUGGUCUCGGCCAAAGUGGACGUCCUGCGACAGAGCUUGAGAGAGCAGGACGCUUUCCAGAAGGGUCUGUGUGAGCAGGAGACACCCUACGAAACCAUCGUUAAGGAGGGUGAGGCGCUCUUGCAGAGCACGGAGGGUGCUGAGAAGGUGGCUCUGCAAGGGCAGCUCUCCUCCCUGAAGUCCACCUGGGACGACGUUAGAAAGACCUCUGCUGAUUGCAUGGAGAAGCUUCAGACGGGCCAGCAGAGGGCGGAGAAGUUCAAAGAGCAUGUGGAAAAGCUCAGCACCUGGAUCGAGGAGUGCAAGGCCAGCGUGGACCAGGUGAAGCUUGGCAUGGAACCUGCUGAGGUGCAUAUUUCCUCCACGCGUGUCAGAGAAAUCCAGAAGGAUCUGGAUAAGCACCGGGGGGUCGUGGAGAUGAUGAACAGCGCUGCCAAUAGCCUGCUGGAAGUGGUGAACGCAGACAGGGAGGUCAUUGAGGAUGAGAAGACGUCCAUCAACAAGAGAGUAGAUGGCGUGUCAGAGACGUUACAACAGAAGAAGGAGUCUUUGAACAAGAUCAGCCAGAAGCUGAAAGUCUUCAAUGAAACCAAAAAGGAGGCCAGGAGUCAGCUGGAUGGGGCUCGGACGCAGAUGGAGACCCAGAGUUCCCUGGGCGUUCAGGCCUACAGUAACAAGAAUCUGACCAAUAUGAAAGCCCAGCAGAAGGCAUUAGCUGGUGUCCAAACACAAGUCGAUUGCCUCAAGAAUCUGGCCCAGGAGCUGGUCAUAGAUGUUCCAGAUGCCGAGGGAGUUACUGACCUCCUGCUGCAAGCUGACAGCCUGGAGAAGGACUUUAGCUCCAUCAGCCGGGAGAUGGAGGAGAGGUGCUCCUCCCUGGAAGGCAAACUGCAGGGCAUCGGGCACUUUCAGAACAGCAUCCGCGAGAUGUUCGCUCAGUUUGCCGACCUGGACGAUGAAUUAGACAGCAUGGCGCCAGUGGCACGGGAUCUUGACACACUUCACUCACAGCGGGAUGACAUCAAGAGCUUCAUCACCAAACUACGGGAGCUAACGGUGAAUGCCCUUAACGCUUCCAAAAGCUGCAAGACCAUGCUGGAAGACGAGGCCUCACCGGACCUGCUGGGCCUGAAGCGGGACCUGGAGGCUCUGAACAAGCAGUGCGGCAAACUGAUGGACCGGGCAAGAGCCAGGGAGACCCAACUGGAGGGCACCCUCAGCCGCAUGCGGGAGGUGCACGGGCAGCUCCAGGAGUUCAUGGAGAAGCUGACGGAGGCUGAGAGGCAGGAGGGCUGCCAGGAGCCGGUUGGCAUGGAGACCGAAAUCAUCAACAAUCAGCUGGAGGCCUUUAAGGUUUUCCAGAAGGAAGAAAUUGAACCACUGCAGGCUAAGCUGCAGGACUUGAACCAGCUUGGUCAAGGUCUUAUUCAGAGUGCUGCCAAGGGCACAAGUACGCAAGGCCUGGAGCGCGACCUGGAAGACGUCAACACGAGAUGGAACACGCUCCACAAAAAGGUCGCAGACAGGUCAGCCAAGCUGCACGAAGCCCUGCUGCAUUGUGGGAGGUUCCAGGAUGCUUUGGAAUCCUUGCUCAGUUGGCUGACAGACACAGAGGAGUUGGUAGGCAGCCAGAAGGCUCCAUCAGCAGAGUUCAAAGUCGUCAAAGCUCAGAUCCAGGAGCAGAAACUCCUGCAGAGACUGCUGGAUGACCGCAAGCCCACGGUGGAGCUAAUUAAAAAAGAGGGGGCAAAGGUGAGCGAGCUUGCAGAGCCGGCAGACAAGGAGAAGAUUCUGAGGGAGAUCGAGAGUCUGGGCCAGAGGUGGGACAGCCUGUUGAAGAAGGCAGAAAGCAGACAUAAGCAGCUUGAGGGCAUCCUGGUGGUGGCCCAGCAGUUCCACGAGACCCUGGAGCCCAUGUUGGAGUGGCUCAGCACUAUGGAGAAGCGACUGGCUAACUCCGAGCCCAUCGGGACCCAGACCGAGAAGCUGCAGGAGCAGAUCACCCAGCAUAAGGCCUUAGAAGAGGAGAUUAUGAGUCAGACUAAAAGACUGCACCAAGCCAUCAGCCUCGGUCAGGUGCUCCGGACCAUGAGCUGUAUGGAUGACAAGGAGCUGGUCCAAGCGAAGCUCGAUGUCGCUCAGACCAGUUACAUAGAUUUGCAGGACAGGUGCAGGCACAAGGCUGAAAUGCUGCAGCAGGCCCUUUCCAAUGCUCAUCUGUUUGGCGAGGAUGAAGUGGCCCUCAUGACCUGGCUCAGCGAGGUCCACGACAGACUGAGCAAAGUGUCCGUCCAGGACUACAAACCCGAAGUUCUAGAGAAACAGGCAGCGGAACAAUUGGCUCUUCAUGAGGACAUUGAGCUCCGGAAGCAGAACGUCGACCAAGCGGUUUCUAAUGGGUUAGAACUGCUGAAGCAGACAACAGGCGAUGAGGUCAUUGUUAUUCAGGGGAAGCUAGAAGGAAUCAAGAGCAGAUACGCGGAGAUUGACACGAUGAGCAGCAGUGUUUCCAGAACUCUCGAGCAGGCCCUCUCACUGGCCAUCAAGCUGCAGCACACCCACGAGAACCUGUCCGUGUGGCUGGAUGGGGUGGAGGCCGAACUGAAGGGUUUUGGAGUGCAGGAUCUGCGGGGAGAGCAGCUCACUCAGGCCCAGGAGCGGCAGAAGGAGCUCCUGAAGGAGGUCAGAGAGCACAGGGCCGAGGUGGACGCCCUGAACGAGGUGAGCGGCACCCUACUGCAGCUGGUGCCAUGGCGCGCUCGCGAAGGCCUGGACAAGAUGGUGAACGAGGACAACGAGCGCUACGGGCUGGCCAGCGACACACUCAGCCAGCACGUAGCACGGAUUGAUGCCGCCAUCCUGCGGCUGCAGCAGUUUGAAAGUGCGGCCCACAGUGAGCUCCGCUGGUUGAUUGACGCGGAGACAAAGCUGUCCUCGUUGGAGGUGAUCAGGCUCGAGCAGGAGCAGGCCACGGCCCAGCUACAGACACAGAAGAGCUUCUCCUUGGACAUUGUGAGGCACAAGGACGCAGUCGAUGAAAUCGUGAAGACUGGCGACGUCAUCAUGAGCACCAAGAAUGAAGAGGAGAGGAAACCCCUGAGGGACAUCAUCCAGACGCUGGUUGAGAAAAGCAGCACCGUCAGUCAGCUGAACUCGGACCGCUGUCUCCAGCUGGAGCGAGCCCUGUCACUGGCUGGCCAGUUCUGGGAGACCUACGAGGAGUUGUGGCCCUGGCUGCAGGAGACCCGCAGCAGCUUCAGCCAGCUUCCAGUGCCGGCCAUCGAGUACGAGAUUCUGCGGCAACAGCAGGAGGAUCUGCGGCAAAUGCGAGAGCUGAUCGCAGAGCACAAACCCCACAUCGACAAGAUGAACAAGACGGGCCCACAGCUGCUGGAGCUGAGUCCUGUGGAGGGCCAACGCAUCUUGGAGACGUACUCCACUGCUGACCAGCUGUACAGCCAGCUGAAGGCUGACGUCGGGCAGAGGGCCGCUGCUCUUGACGAGGCCAUCUCCAAGUCCACCCAGUUCCAUGACAAGAUCGAUCCCAUGCUGGAGUCCCUGGAGCGCAUCGCGGAGCGACUACGCCAGCCCCCCUCCAUCUCAGUGGAGGUGGAAAAGAUCCGGGAGCAGAUUGCAGAGAACAAGGCCGUGUCGGUGGACCUGGAGAAGCUGCAGCCGGCCUACGAGACCCUAAGGCAGCGUGGAGAGGAGAUGAUUGCUCGCUCUGAGGGGGUCGACAAGGACGUGUCGGCUAAAGCUGUGAAAGACAAGCUGGACCAGAUGGUGGUCCUCUGGAAUGACAUCCAGGCACUCAUGGAAGAGAGGGAGGCCAAGCUCCUCGAUGUGAUGGACCUUGCGGAGAAGUUCUGGUGCGACCACAGCGCCCUUAUCGUCACCAUCAAGGACACGCAGGACCUUCUGAAGGAGAUGGAAGAACCAGGGGUGGAUCCCUCAGUGGUCAAGCAGCAGCAAGAGUCUCUGGAGUGUUUCAAGGAAGAAAUCGAUGGACUCCAGGAUGAGCUUGAUAUUGUUCAGAAUCUUGGAGCAGAACUCCUGGCCGCCUGUGGGGAGCCAGAUAAACCUGUCAUCAAAAAGAGCCUUGAUGAGGUGAACUUGGUCUGGGAGACACUGAACAAGAUGUGGAAGGAAAGAGUGGACCAUUUGGACGAGGCGAUGCAGGCUGCUGUGCAGUUUCAGGACGGCCUUCAGGGCAUGUUCGACUGGGUGGAUAUCAUGGAGAGCAAACUGGAUUCCAUGUCCCCUGUUGGAACUGAUCUGGAGACAGUGAAGCAGCAGAUCGAGGAGCUCAAGGAGUUUAAGUCAGAGGCGUACCAGCUGCAGAUCGAGAUGGAGCGACUGAACCACCAGGCCAGCCUGCUGCUGAAGAAGGUCACUGAGGAGAUGGACAGGUCUGCCAUCCAGGAGCCCAUGACGGAACUCAAGAUGCUGUGGGACAACUUGGACGAGAAGAUCAUCAACAGACAGCACAAGCUAGAGGGCGCUCUCCUAGCACUGGGGCAGUUCCAGCAUGCACUGGAUGAGCUGCUGACGUGGAUGACCCACACAGAGGAGCUACUCAAUGAACAGAGGAAGACCAGCGGUGACCCCAAAGCCAUCGAGAUCGCACUCGCCAAACACCACGUGCUUCAGAAUGACGUGCUGGCCCAUAAGAGCACGGUGGAAGCAGUCAACAAGGCCGGAAACGACCUCAUAGCGUCUAGCGCCGGUGAUGAGGCAAGUAGCCUGCAGAGCAAGCUGGAGAACCUCAGCCAGCGCUGGAAUGCCAUCCUGGAGAAGACGGAGCAGAGGAGGCGGCAUCUGGACACAGCCCUGCUUCAGGCCCAGGGUUUCCAUGGCGAGAUCGAAGACAUGCAGCAGUGGCUGAAAGACACGGAGCGUCAGCUGUUAGCAUCAAAGGCGGUUGGAGGCUUACCAGAAACGGCCCGCGAGCAGCUUAACGCCCAUCUGGAGCUGUGCAGUGCCUUGGAGGCCAAGGAGGAGCUCUACCAGCAGCUGAUGCUGAAAGGUCAGCAACUGCUCACCAAGACCCCUGAGGGCCAGGACAGCAACACCGAGCUGGACCUGAGGAACCUGCAGGAGAAGUGGGAGUCCGUCCAAGCCAAGAUGGCGGAGAGGAAGGUCAAGCUGGAGGAGGCGCUGAGCCUGGCCAUGGAGUUCCACAACAACCUGCAGGAGUUCAUCAAUUGGCUGACGCAAGCCGAGCAGGGGCUCACCAUGGCUUCACCAGCCUCCCUCAUCUUGGAGACCAUUAUGUUCCAGAUUGAUGAACACAAGGUGUUCGUGACGGAGGUGAACGCCCACCGGGAGCAGAUCAUUGAGCUGGACAAGACUGGGACGCACCUGAAGUACUUCAGCCAGAAGCAGGAUGUGGUGUUGAUCAAGAACCUGCUGCUGAGUGUGCAGGCCCGCUGGGAGAAGGUGGUGCAACGCUCGGUGGAGCGGGGCCGCCUGCUGGACGACGCCAGGAAGCGCGCCAAGCAGUUUCACGAGAGCUGGCACAAGCUCACAGAAUGGUUGGAGGAGUCGGAGAAGGCCUUGGAUUCGGAGUUGGAGAUCGCCAACGACCCUGACAAGAUCAAGAUGCAGCUGGCUCAGCAUAAGGAGUUCCAGAAAGCUCUGGGAAGCAAGCACUCCGUAUAUGACACCACGACACGUACAGGCCGCGCCCUCAAGGACAAGACGUCCUUGCAGGAUGACAAGCAGAAGCUGGACGACAUGCUGAGCGAGCUGAGGGACAAGUGGGACACGGUGUGCGGGAAGUCGGUGGAAAGACAGAACAAACUGGAGGAGGCCUUGCUCUUCUCUGGCCAGUUCACUGACGCCCUGCAGGCCCUGAUUGACUGGCUCUAUAAAGUGGAGCCCCAGUUGGCAGAAGAUCAGCCUGUACAUGGAGACAUCGACCUCGUACUGAACCUCAUCGACAGCCACAAGGUGUUCCAGAAGGAGCUGGGCAAGCGUACAGGCAGCGUACAGGCCCUGAAGCGCUCGGCCCGCGAGCUCGUCGAGGGCAGCCAUGACGACUCCUCAUGGGUCAAAGUGCAGAUGCAGGAACUGAGCACCCGCUGGGAGACUGUCUGCACGCUCUCCGUGUCUAAGCAGACGCGGCUGGAACAGGCACUCUGCCAGGCAGAGGAGUUCCACUCCACGGUCCACAUCCUCCUGGAGUGGCUGGCUGAGGCGGAGCAGAGUCUGCGUUUCCAUGGCACCCUUCCUGAUGACCAAGAAGCCCUCCUCGCACUAAUCGAGCAGCACAAGGAGUUCAUGAAAAAGCUGGAGGAGAAGCGCGUGGCACUGACCAAGGCAGCAGGCAUGGGGGAAGCCAUCCUGGCCAUCUGUCACCCGGACUCUAUCACCACCAUCAAACACUGGAACACCAUCAUUAAAGCACGAUUCGAGGAGGUCCAGGCCUGGGCAAGGCAGCACCAGCAGAGGUUAGGAAGUGCCCUCAGUGAGCUGCUCGCCACCCAGGAACUUCUUGAGAAGCUUCUGGGAUGGCUGCAGUGGGCUGAGACCACACUCAGUGAGCAGGACAAGGAGCUGCUCCCUCAGGAGAUUGAGGAGGUCAAGGCGCUCAUCACAGAGCAUCAAACAUUUAUGGAGGAAAUGACUCGGAAGCAGCCAGAUGUGGACAAAAUUACGAAGACGCAUAAGAGGAAGGCAGAAACGCCAAUCCAGUCCCAAAUUCCUGUCCUGGAUAAAGGUCGCACUGGAAGAAAACGUUCUCCCACCCAAGGCAUGUACCCAACAGCCUCUCAGACCCAAAUCGAGACCAAGAAUCCCAGAGUUAAUCUCCUGGUCAGCAAAUGGCAGCAAGUGUGGCUGUUGGCGCUGGACCGACGGCGGAAGCUCAAUGACGCCUUGGACAGGCUGGAGGAGCUGAAGGAGUUUGCCAACUUUGACUUUGAUGUAUGGCGGAAACGCUACAUGAGGUGGAUGAACCACAAGAAGUCACGCGUCAUGGACUUCUUCCGUCGCAUUGACAAGGACCAGGACGGCAAGGUCACCAGACAGGAAUUCAUCGAAGGCAUCCUCUCCUCUAAGUUCCCCACCAGUCGACUUGAAAUGAGCGCAGUAGCAGACAUUUUUGACCGCGACGGCGAUGGCUACAUCGACUACUAUGAGUUCGUAGCUGCUCUGCACCCCAACAAGGACGCGUACAAACCGCUCACUGAUGCUGACAAAAUCGAAGACGAGGUGACACGGCAAGUCGCUAAAUGUAAAUGUCCCAAACGAUUCCAAGUGGAACAAAUCGGUGCCAACAAGUAUCGGUUCUACCUCGGAAAUCAGUUCGGCGACUCGCAGCAGCUGCGACUGGUGCGGAUCCUACGCAGCACGGUGAUGGUGCGGGUCGGCGGUGGCUGGAUGGCCCUGGAUGAGUUUCUUGUGAAGAACGAUCCUUGCAGAGUUCAUCACCACGGGAGUAAAAUGUUACGCUCGGAGUCAAACUCUUCGAUUACUCAGAGCCCCAUAGGUUGGCAACUCUCACACUUUCUCUCCUUGUUCCAUCCUGGUGCCAAAGGGAGGACCAACAUGGAGCUUCGUGAGAAGUUCAUCCUUCCUGAAGGCACCACGCAGGUGAUGGCUAGCUUCAGGUACAGGGGUCGGAGGUCACGACCCUCUUCCAGAGCAGCUUCCCCCAAUAGGUCAAACUCUAGCCAGAGCUGCCAGACCCAGCCGAACCCAGCGAUGACAGGCACCCCCAAGACCACCCAACACUUAACGCGCAAUUAUGAUAAACCGUGGCUGACAAACAGCAAAGCCAGCCUUAAAUCCUCCGACUCCUUUGAAAGCCAAGGUUCAUCUGCCGAGAGCACGCCAAUACAAGGCAGCAAACUCCGUCUCCCUGGGUAUCUGUCGGGAAAGGGAUUCCAGUGUGGGGAUGAGGGAGCGCUGAUAUCCGCUGCCGUCACCAAAGCCAGAUCCACAGACUACAGACGGACGCCGAGUCGGCCUGGAAGCAAAGCUGGCAGCCGAGGAAGCAGCCGCAGGGGCAGCGACGCAUCUGACUUCGACAUCUCUGACAUCCAGUCUGUCUGCUCCGACAUGUCUGAGACCGUGACCGACUCUGGCCGGCCAAGCCCCCGGGGCGGCGCCCGCCCACAUGCAGGAAAACCCUCGAAAAUCCCCACACCCCAGAAGAGGUCUCCUGCCAUUAGCAAACUGGCCAAGGUCUCCAAGAGAUAGUCUGGAGUGCAGGGCCCUGCCGGGGGUCGGGUUCAGACAUGCUGCACGGCGCUAUGUAAUGCUAUGAUGCUACACUACAGCGCCAAUUAUUUAACGUGUUGUAAAAUAUUGUUAAGGAUGAAGAGUGUUUAAUAUUGAGCGAGAUUGGAAUGCUAAUUGCCUUGUGUAUUUGUCUUGUAUUUUAUUUUAUGUGAAUAAUGUUACGUCAAACUAUAUUUUAUUUUAUUGAUGCCAAACCUGGAAAGGUUAGUGCAAGAAAAAAACACACACAGCCAGAUAACUGUUGUAAACUAACAAUUUUCCACACUAACAUCAUAAUAAUCAUGUAUUUAUUGCUGAGAAGCAUCGCUGAAUGUACAGCCCCUCCCUGAACGCUAGUCUGCAUGUGCUGUACGGCUCAGCGCUGGACUAAUUUAUAUCUAAUUAACAUGCAACAAUGAGCUACCAAACCGCAUCACAGGGCAAUACAGUACAGCUAUCGCUUGGCACUGUGUACGUUUUAGCCUCACGCUAAUGUGGGAUAAAGGGCCAGCACCACUGCGUGUCAGCCUUCAUCUCCCCCCGCUUAGCUGUCUGACGUCAUCCAACAGCGACGUGCCAUUUCUGUGUGGACGGCUGCCGUCCACUUCCUGCUCGUAGACAAUGACGUGCACUCAAGUGCAUGUUUUGUUCGUUUUGCUAUGAUGGACAUAAACACUGUAAUCCUUUUUUGUAAUAAAUUUGCUUGCAGAAAGCUACCACGGUAUAACAGAUUGCACUUUGUCCCACUUGUCUGUGUGUUCUAAAUGUGCCCCCCCCCCCAAAGCAAGAAAUGUUUUUCUAGGAUUUAUUUUUUAGUUUUUUGAGUAAAAUUGAGUAGGUUACUGUUCUGCAUUUUCUAUAAUACCAUGUUGGUCAAUGACACUGAUGCAGUGUGAUAAAGGCCUGAAUGUUGCAGCGUAAAUGGAUUUAAGGUCUGUGUGAGGUGUGGGUGCGUCCGCCGUGCUCAGACUGUUCCCCAGUAGCUAAUUAUAUCUCAUCAUCUGGGCCAAAAACAAAACAGUUACGCAUCAGUUGUGGAGAAACGUUCAACGAUCAUUUUAAUUUGCUGUGUGCAUCAUUCACAUUUAGUUUGAUUGGGUUUCUUUGAUUUCCUUUGUACCUUUGGCUCUACAUUCAGCUAAACCAAAAAACCUGAAAUAUCGGCAAAUACAAAAAUAAUGCACAUGCAUCAGUCGUUUGGCACUGUGUUGGUAUGUGGAUUGUGCUGGACUGUUUACCAUUGAGUCUUUAAUGGACAGAAAGAGGAAAUGUCAUAAUAAUAUGACUGAUUAUAACUCGUACAGAGAACUAGCACAUGAUACAUAUUUCGUAUUAGUAUGAGAGACACAGAUCUUUUUUUUGGUAAUUGGUGAUGUGACUGCGCAGAAGCCCACCGACGCUGUGGUUUGCGAUAUGUAGCCAUUACCUGAACUGGGUUGUUAAACAUUCCCCAUUAGCAGUGACUUCAUCAGUUAAUGUAGCCGUUAUUAAAAAGAUUUCAAUAACA